CGAGAGGCUGCGAGGGCCUCGCCGCGUGUGUGACGGCGGGGGCGUGUCGGCUGGGGUCCGGGGCUCGUGAUAUCCCCGUGGCUGCGGCUACCCGGGAGCUGGCCAGCGCGGGCACAGUGAGUGAAGCGAAGCGGGACGGAACGCCGGGCCAGGAGUCGACCCCGAGCAGCCUUCCUCUCACGUGGGUUCCCCCCCAGGCUGCGUCUCCUCUUCCCGACCCUUUGGGAUCUCCGAGGAGGCCAUGGAGACCUCGACGCCUUUGCCUGCUGCGCCCCCCUCCGCGGUGUGCAGCUCAGCGCCGCGGACAAUCCAGAUCGAGUUCCCUCAGCACAGCUCCGCGCUGCUGGAGUCCCUGAACCGCCACAGACUGGAGGGGAAGUUCUGCGAUGUGUCCCUGCUGGUGCAGGGCCGGGAACUCAGGGCCCACAAGGCGGUGCUGGCUGCCGCCUCUCCCUACUUCCACGACAAGCUGCUUCUGGGCGAUGCGCCACGGCUCACGCUCCCGAGCGUCAUCGAAGCCGAUGCCUUCGAGGGGCUGCUGCAGCUCAUUUAUUCAGGGCACCUCCGCCUGCCACUGGAUGCUCUCCCCGCUCACCUCCUUGUGGCCAGCGGCCUUCAGAUGUGGCAAGUGGUAGACCAGUGCUCGGAGAUCCUUAAGGAGCUGGAGACUUCGGGUGGUGGGAUCUCAGCCCGCGGAGCCGCCUCCUACCAUGCGCUUCUUUCCACCACAUCCUCUCCGGGAGGCUGGUGCGUCCGCUCUUCCCCUUUCCAGGCCCCAGCACAGCCCUCCGCUCCUGCUGAGAGACCUGCUGAGAGCCCCAUCGGAGGGGAGGGGAGUGAACUGGGAGAGGUGUUACAGAUUCGGGUGGAGGAAGAGGAGGAGGAGGAGGAGGAGGAAGACGACGAGGAGGGCCAGGGGUCAGCAACGCUCUCGCAGACGCCCCAGCCUCAGAGGGUACCAGGGAGUCUGCCCCGCCCUCACGGAUCCCUCGCCUUGCCCGUAUCUGCUACUCCCCGCAGGCUGCCAGAGGGCGAAAAUGCACCACUUGAGGUUCCUGCCGCUCCUGCUGCAGUGCCCCCUAAAAUCUUCUACAUUAAGCAGGAACCCUUUGAGUCUAAGGAGGAGUUAGGAGGUGGAACCCAGUCUGGAGGAAUAAAGGAGGAGACCAAAGCAUUUCCUGGAGGGGACCCGGAGGGGAAUGGGGAGCUGGGGUUCUUAUUGCCCUCAGGAGUAGGGACAACAUCUGGGGGAGGCGGUCCAUCCUGGAAACCAGUGGAUCUUCAUGGGAAUGAAAUUCUGUCCAGCGGUGGAGGGCCUGGGGGAGCUGGGCAGGCUGUGCACGGUCCUGUGAAGCUAGGCGGGGCACCCCCUGCCGAUGGAAAACGCUUUGGUUGCUUGUGUGGGAAGCGCUUUGCAGUGAAGCCGAAGCGUGACCGCCACAUCAUGCUGACCUUCAGCCUUCGACCUUUUGGCUGUGGCAUCUGCAAUAAGCGCUUCAAACUGAAGCACCAUCUGACAGAGCACAUGAAGACCCAUGCCGGAGCCCUGCACGCUUGUCCCCACUGUGGCCGUCGGUUCCGGGUCCACGCCUGUUUCCUUCGUCACCGAGACCUGUGUAAGGGCCAGGGUUGGGCCACUGCCCACUGGACUUACAAGUGACAGCUGAGGCCAUCCACUAACUUGUAGGAAAAGGUAGCCAUUGCUGCUGACGGAUUCGUGCCCUUUGCUACCCCAGACCCGGAUCUCAUAAUCAUGCCAAGUGGAUAAAUGUGUUACGGAUCUCUUGUUCUUGGGUGUAGGCCUCAGUCUGACAGAUUUGGAACUCAGAUUUCUCAUCUCACCUCAGGUUUUUGCUAACCACCCUACAGGAAAAUAGUUUGCAGACCAUUCUUAAACUGUUCACUUGCCCAUAGUAGACCUUUUUGUAGUGGUAGUAUCCAUUGAGGAAACCAGGUUUCAGAUUAGAAGGCUAUUUGGUGAGGGAACAAUGAACAGCAAAAAGACAUACAUAGUGGUCAGUGUUUAUUCGGUCUCCAUGAGGAGUUAAAGGGCUGGUCUCCAGUCAGGGAUAUGUUUCAUUCAGAGGUCAAGUAAUUGAGACUCAGCUCUAAACUUUGCUCUCCCUCAUCAUAGCUGGAAUGAUGUGAGCAGAGUUCUUAUGUGCUCUUCUGUUCCCUCAGAUUGUCCCUAGCUUUCUCACCAGUAGGCACCUUCCCAACACUUUUUUUUUUAUGUUGUAGUGAGCACUUUAAGCCGAGCAUUCCAUAUGUCAUUCCCAGAACCCUCUUUGAUGGAGGGUAUUCCCUCGACAAUUAGUGCCUCUUGUCUACCUUUGACCACAACUAAUAACUCGUAUUUUGGUCACAGUGACUGGAAUGUGAUCAUUGAACUCAGGAGAUGGCAGCUGACCUAACAUGCUCUCAGGGUAGCGCGACUACUCUCUGAACAAGUUGCCAUGGUCGGAGGAGCUCAGGGCCGAGACAGCACAUGCUGAACACUAGAGGAACUUCACAGUGGGACCAUACGCCACCUCCCUCUCCAUCCCACCUAUGUGUGACAGAGACAGCUCCUCUGUGGAGAGGUAUAAGGGUAGAUAUCGGAAUUAGGGGGAGGGGAAUCUACAGUUUCCUAAUUGCCUAAUUUCUUCUAAUAAACUCUGCCCUGAAAUCUAAACUGACAGUGGGCUAGAUUGAAUAAUUUGUGUGAGAACAGAGCUAGACUUGGAUGCAUUUUGUACUAGCUUUUCUGGAUGAGAGAAGAGUUGGAUGAUUUCACACUGGUGAAGAGAACAUUGCUCUGGAUUUAGGCCUUGACCUUCCUCUGAGUAACUGCAAGCAGCCUAGCUUACUUUUCAGAACUGUUACCAUUUUUUUCCCUGGGGUGGGGUGAUGUGCACUUCCUAACUGGUCCUCUGUAUUUUAUUAAAGGGGUUGGUUCACGCGAUCUUUACCUAUAAUAUUCCCUGACCUCCUGUGUUACAUAUAUUUGGGUGUUGUAUUGCUUAUUCUACAAACAUCUAGUGCAAAACACUGUAUCAGACCCUGAUUAACACUCUGCCCUGGAAAACCUCACAGCUACUACCAAAGUGACAAUUAAUUACAAUGUGGUAUGAUAAAUCAGUGAUAGUGUGACUACAGUGCCACAAAGGAAGCUUGAGUAAAAUCCCUUUUUAUAGGUCCCCUGGGGCUUCACAAAUGUAACUUCUGUGUGGCCAUGGGAGUGGGUGGCUAAAGUGAUGAGCUAGUAAACACAGUAGUUGAAGUGAGGACUAUAGGGCCAGGGAUGACAACCUUCCCCAAAAUGUGUUUCUCAAAAGUUACUAGAUGGGGCUGGCACGGUGGCAACAGGUAAAGCCACCACCUGCAGUGCUGACAUCCCUUAUGGGCACCAGUUCGAAUGGCUGCUCCACUUCUGAUCCAGCUCUCUGCUAUGGCCUGGGAAAGCAGUAGAAGAUGGCCUAAGUGCUUGGGCCCCUGCACCUGUGUGGGAGACCUGGGAAGAAGCUCCUGGCUCCUGGCUUUGGAUUGGCCCAGCUGCGACCAUUGUGGCUAUUUAGGGAGUGAACCAGCAGAUGGAAGACUCUCUGCCUCUGCUUCUCUGUAAAUCUGCCUUUUAAAUCAGUAAAUAAAUCCUUUAAAAAAAGUGAGCAGAUGUGGCACCCACAAGGGCUGAAAUGUGACUUUGUGCCUGAGAAGCUGCAUUCUCCUAAUUGGGAUUUGUCUGCUUGUCCAAAGAGCCAUCAUUGUCCCAUUACCAUGGUAGUGACUGAACGCACUGGAAGAGGGGUUAGGGAGGGAUUUGCCCACCUUGAAUCUUCUCUAGUCCCACCAGCCCUUGUUGGCACACAGCCUGGCAGCCAAGAUCCUUUGGUUGCAAGCCGUGGGAACUGACUCUGACCUAAUCAAAAUGGAGAUUACGAAAGGAUAUGGAGUAGUUCUGGAAUGGAAGGACAAGACCAGGGUCAGCUCCAAGACCGGGCUCCUUGGAGUGAUGAUCCCUGGGCACAGGUUCUAGAGUGAUCACAGGUUCUGGUUUCUCAUCUCAGAAUUUCCCAGGAGAGAACUCAGCCUCAUGUCCGUCCUCUGGCCAGAGCACCUUGAUCAUGGAUCCCACCAACGUGGUGACAAAGUAGAUGUGGAAUCCUCAAAGGGAAAUUGACGACCGAGGCCAGGAGAGUGGAGAGAGGGUGCUGGCUGGCCCCCAGCAAGAGGCCCACCCAAGGGAGUCUCUGUGUGUUCCCCAUCUGGGGCUUCUUAAAGCCUCAUCUGAACUCAGUGGAUAUUCAAGUCAUUGAGCCUGCCCAACGUCACCUCAUCCUGCUUUCCAAUCCCUGUAACACUGUGCUGUUACUUUUAUCAAAUCAAGUAAAGUGUGGAUAUUGUACAGAAGAUGAGACAUGUAAUGCUUAGGAUUAGAUGUUACCACUGUUGCUAUUGUGUGUCACAAACCCUGGAAGACUUUUUGCCUUCUAACUUUACAAAUUCCUUUUUUUUUUUUUAAUAACUGCCUGCUUUGUUGAAGGCACUGAUGAAAAAGCAGAAGGCAUCCUAGGGACCUGGACCCUGGGUUCUCUUUAAGAGGCAGAGCUGGUUUAAACUAGCUAGGUAGAUACUUAUUUCCUUGAAGUCUGAGCGCUUCCAAAAUAUCCUUUAGGGGCAGGUGUUUGGUGCAAGGUUAAGGCGCCACUUGAGAUGCCUGCAUCCCAUAUUGGAGUGCCUGCUUCACUUCUGAUCCAGCUUCCUGCUACUGUGCAUCCUAGGAGGUGGGAAUGAUAAUGGCUGAAGUACUUGGUCCCUGCCAUGGCUUCUGGGAGACCCA